AUGUGCGAUCUCGGAGCAAGUAUUAAUUUGAUACCGUCCUCCCUGGUGGAAAAGCUGCAUAUAGAGGAAGUCAAACCAGUACAAAUGUCUCUGGAGCUGGUAGAUAAGUCAAUGGUAUACCCCAGAGGUGUAAUUGAAAAUCUUUUGGUCAAGGUGGACAGUUUUAUAUACCCUGCUGAUUUUGUGGUUCUGGAUUCAAACGAGGAUGAUGGUGACUCUGUUAUAUUGGGAAGACCAUUCUUGGUCACUGCUAGAGCUAUCAUAGACAUAGAGGAAGGGAAAUUAACCCUCAGGAUGCAUGAUCAGAGUGUCACCCUGAAGGUAUUACCAGAGGCACAAUUUAGCAAGGAGAAGAAAGACUAUAUGAAAAUUGACAAGGGAGAAUCACAGAUGAAGGAAGAAAAUGACAAGAAGAGUCAAGCUCGCACUUCUUCCUUAAACACUUUGUUGUCUUGGACUUCUCUGCAUAUGUUUUCAAGUAGAGCCUCAAUCUUUGAAAGCCUAUCAUCUGUUAAUGAUGGUGGGUUGAGAUUAGGUGGUUGA